AUGUCAUCAGCAAAAGGAAAUGGUCCUUUUCAUGGCCGAACGGUGAUCAUUACCGGUGCCUCGAGGGGAAUCGGGAAAGCGAUUGCGUUGAAACUUGCCCAAGAUGGAGCCAAUAUUGUGAUAGCCGCCAAAACAACAACACCACAUCCAAAGCUGAAGGGGACAAUCCAUACAGCCGCCAAGGAGAUUGAAGAGGCAGGCGGCCGGGCACUCGCUUGCGUUGUCGAUGUUCGUGACGAGAAAUCCGUGCAGGAGUGCGUCCAGAAAACGGUGGAGAAAUUUGGCGGGAUUGAUAUUCUGAUCAACAACGCCUCAGCGAUCUCUCCGACUUUGACGGCGGACACCGACAUGAAACGUUAUGAUCUCAUGCACAACAUCAAUACUCGAGGAACGUUUUUGAUGUCAAAAGAAUGUCUUCCCUAUUUGAUGAAAGGAAAGAAUCCAAAAAUCUUGAACAUUUCUCCACCACUCGAGAUGAAAGAACGAUGGUUUCAGACCCAUGUCGCCUAUACAAUGGCCAAAUACGGGAUGUCGAUGUGCGUGUUGGGAAUGAGUGAAGAGUUUCGGGCACACGGGAUUGCAGUCAAUGCAUUGUGGCCUUUAACCGGAAUCUACACAGCCGCCAUGGAGAUGUUGGCCGGUGGAGAGGAGGCAAAAAUCGGAUGUCGAGAUGCGUCGAUCAUGGCCGAUGCCGCUUACGGGAUUCUUUCAAAGGGUUCCGGUUUCACGGGUCGUUUCCUCAUCGAUGAGGAUUUCUUGCGAGAAGAGGGUGAAACCGAUUUCGAGAAGUACGCUUGUGUGCCAGGCAAAGAAUUGAUUCCCGAUUUCUUCCUUCCCGAAGACUCACUUAACCGCCUUUUCGAGUACAACGAACAAGUCGCUAAGAGCAAGCUC